AUGAGCACAGCAACCAUGCAAGCAGUGGUCUAUGAAGGGCCAUUCAAUAUUGUUGUUAAGGAAAAGCCUAAGCCUGUAUUGAUUGAUGAAACGGAUGCCAUCCUUAAAGUGCACAUCGCGGGUGUUUGUGGGAGCGAUUUGCACAUGUAUCGAGGGCACCAAAAGACGACCACGGGACAUACUAUGGGACACGAGUUCAUCGGCACUGUUGAGAGCGUUGGGUCUGCUGUGUCCAGGUUCAAGGCUGGUCAAAAGGUCAUGUCUAUCUUCUCUCCCAUGUGUAUGCAAUGUUGGUUCUGCCAGCACGGACACACAAAUCGAUGCGUCAACGGUCCUUCUUUCGGAAGCAUGUCCUUGGACGGCGGACAAUCCGAAUACGUCCGCGUCCCUUUUGCCGACAGUACUCUUGAAUUCAUACCCAAGGAAGUUAGCGAUGAAAUGAUGAUCAUCAUGUGUGAUAUCUUCCCGACGGGAUACUACGGAGCCAUGAAAGCUAUCACAAAGCUGAUGCGCAACAAUGAUACAGCCGAUUCGAUCGCCGGAGGUGCGCUACACGCGCCGUCUGCCCUUCGUCCAAAUUUUCAGAAGAUCGCACUUGAUCAGCUAAUGGUUGUAUGUCUAGGAUGUGGACCCGUCGGACUCUGUGCAGUUCUCUCAGCAAAGGCCCUUGGCGCAGGCACCGUGUAUGCCGUCGAUUCAGUCGAUGAUCGUCUAGAAGAGGCUCGGAAGAUGGGUGCUCAACCGUUGAAGCUUGGAACAGAUGAUAUUCCGGAAAUUGUCAAAGCUGCCACAGAUGGUCGAGGAGCAGAUGCUGUGGUUGAAAGCGUGGGCAAUAAAUCAGCAAUGAGACUUGCCAUUGAUUUAGUUCGAGCUUGUGGUGUCGUUUCCUCGAUCGGUUUCCACCAAGGAGAGCUACCUUUCACGGCAUUUGAAGCGUAUUCUAAGAAUCUAGAUAUUAAUAUGGGGCGUGCAGCAGCCAGACCGGUCUUCGGCGAAUCAUUGACGCUAUUUGCUGAGAACCAGGACAAAUUUUCGGAUUUUAUCACCCAUCGCAUGCCGUUGGCAGAUGCACCGAUCGCAUAUGAGAUUUUUGAGAAACACCAGGCUCGGAAAGUGAUCCUGACGUUAUAG